CUACGAAAAAAAUGGCCGCCGUCGCGUCGGCGCGCAGCAGUCGUCCGCGCAGAUGUCGCUCUCUCUCUCUCUCUCUCUCUCUCCCAGCGCGAUUAUACGUGGGUCGCGGGGGGUGUGUGUGUGUGUGAGGAUGGGCGGGGGACCGGCGGCGGCGGCACGAAUCGUCCCGAGCGCAGCGCGACGCAUAGUCGGCAGUCGCGAACUGAGUUGGACGGGUGACGGGCCUGAUUCUCUCUCUCUCUCUCUGCAGUGCAGUGAAGUUUCUCGAGAAGCAGCUACGCGCAUAUUCUGUCUCUCUUUUUUCGCACUUUCGGCGCCCUCUUUCUCUCCCCCGAACAUCAUCAAUUUUUCUCGCUCUCGCGCGCCGCGGAUCGAGAGAGUACGCAGACGUACACGCAGUGUCCAGACGGCAGUGCACGCGCCAACACACUAGCCAGCUAACGCUUUAGCUAGCUCUUCAUUUUUUGUUCUCCUCGUCGAGUCUCGACUCUCUCUCUCUCUACAAGCCACAAUGAGCUGGCAGGAUUACGUCGACAAGCAGCUGCUCGCCUCGAGAUGUGUGUCCAAAGCGGCGAUCGCCGGACACGACGGCAACGUCUGGGCAAAGUCCGAGGGCUUCGAAGUUAGCAAAGAGGAACUGGCAAAGCUGGCCCAAGGCUUCGAUGAGCAGGAACUGCUGACGUCGUCGGGGGUGACCCUUGCCGGCAAUAGGUAUAUCUAUCUGUCGGGCACAGACCGUGUGAUAAGGGCAAAGCUGGGCAAAGUCGGCGUACACUGCAUGAAGACGUCGCAGGCGGUCGUCGUAUCCCUCUACGAGGACCCGAUACAGCCACAGCAGGCCGCCUCCGUUGUCGAAAAGUUGGGCGACUACCUCCUGUCCUGCGGCUAUUAGUGAUCUUUGGGACCCAACACAAAUAUCUAUAAUUAAUAAUUAAAAAAAAACUAAACAAACGAUGCGGUCGACGAUGAUUUUAUAAAUGAUGAAGAAGAAUCAAGAAGAAGAAGAAGAAAGCGACGAAGUAGGUGGAGAGGAAGAUUAAAGGAACAGCGAAGGGAAGAACGUGCGCCGGCGCCACGCACGGCAGCGGCGCAGGCCCGCUGCUCACGAUUAAUAUACAAUACACACAGAGACACACGCAUACACUCGAGGUGAGGUGCUUCCUUAGAGGGAGCCCCUCGCCAGCUUCUCGCCGCCAACGUGAUCCGAGCUAUAAGCAAGCCAACAACAGCAGUCCUCGAUCCAGCUUACACCCCCUACUACUACUACUACUACUACUACUACAACUACCCAUCCAAGAAAGCACGUCGCGGCUGCGUACUAGAGACUCGAAGUUCGAUUCGCUCGCGCGACUUUUCGCGCAAGAUCCUUCGGAGAAGUCGGAGCAAUCGAGCCGUCGAGCUUCCACACGAGCGCCUUCUUCUCUUGACCUGACGUCACACGGAGCAUUAACUACAUCCAUCCCUCUGCAUGCAACAACAUCGAUCGACCACUCGGAGAACUCGUUUGCAAGGUUUUUUUGAUGAAAGAAGAGAUAAAGAGAGCCGAGAGAUUUUUCGCAGUGCAAGAGCGAGGAGCCAACAGCAUCGGCGGCGACACUUUCUUGAAUACUAUACAGCAAGGCAAUAGUGAUAAACAAGCAAAAACAAAAAAAAACAAUUUCUAUUAUUGGCGGAUGAGAUGAAAAUGAUGAAACAAAUACAUUAAGGUUUACAUUUUACGAAAAAAAACGACUCUCGAGAUGUAAUUUUGAAAAACCCCACAUCCAUCCAAUCACUCUGUAUAUUUCUGUAUUAUCUCUCUUCCUGCGUAUAUACAUUUCACACUCACGCCUCGCUCUCACUCGUCCUUUGGUCUUCCUCUGCGUUUGAUAAUUCGUUUUUUUUCUCCUCUUCGGUUGGCCCCUUCCCCUCCAGUUCUUUCUUUGUUUUAUUUUCUCUUUCUCAUCGACUCAUCGUAUUUUUACUUUUCCAGAUGCACACGCUCGCACGCGCGCUCGCUCAUGUAGCUUUCACACAAAUAUAGCCUUUCCUCUCGGCGGCGUACGUGCGUGCCUCGGUGCUUCUUUCUUUCCGUUGUUUUCUUUUUUCUCCGCUCGCGCACAAGCACACAUGCACACACACGCAAAGACACUCAACAGAGAGAAAGAGACGUGAUGAAUAAAAAAAAAAGAACAAAUAAAUUUGAUAAUGAUAAUACUCACAUACGCGCCCGAAUAUACUUUUCAUAAAUCGAGAAGAAGAAAAAACAGAUUUUGUACUUUGACGAUCGACCAUUACACGUAAUAGGCGUUAAAAGGAUGACGGGGCGGCGGCGGUGUCCGUGAUGACGAUUUGUUGUAUACUCUGUCGCUACACCGACAUCGCUCGCGCAAGCGUCAUUGAAUUAGGUUACAGUCUUUCGUACUAUAUGAUGAUAUAUACCAAGGAGUUGACGACGAUGAUACUUUUACCCUAAUACGCAUGAUAAUAUGAUGAUGUGUGCGUGCGUGCGUGGAAGGUAUAAAUUGUGGCUAUAAGAAGCAAGCGUAGAUAGAAAGAAUAUGCCCGAAUUCGCAGAGGGCUCCUUUUUUAUAUGAAAAUACGAUACAUACUUUAAUAUUGAAAAAAUGAAGAAGAAGAAAGAAAUGCGAAAGCUGCGCCGGGAAGAGUAAUAGAAAAUGUGUGCGACUGCGUUGUAGAGAUGCAGGAGGAAGGGAGGCCAAUCUUAGCGGGCGAGCGCAUAAGCGCGUGCAGAAAAUGGGGAGUAAGAGGCUGCUCGUGGAAAGCCGUGGGUGUAUGUGCGUGCCGCGUUGCUAAGAGUGCUCUUUUACCGCGCGCACCAAAUUAAAUCCGAUUCCACCGCUCGUAUACCACCAUCAUGUGUCUACCGGAAUUUUCGGUCCUCUUUCAGAGAGAGAGAGAGAGGGAGAGAGAGAGGAGGAUAGAUAGAAGUCGAGUCGCCAAGAGGUGAAAAGAUCCAACGAUGUAAGGCUCUCAAUUUAUAUACGUGCUUGAAUCUUUGAUGUUUACGAUUAUAUACAUUUUAUGACGACGGUUGUGUGUAUUUCAUAGAUUUAACGAGUGUACAUUAUUAUUAUAACUCGAAUCAUUUUUUUUUCGGUAAAGAGUCGAAAAAAGGGCACUCUUGUACGCUACUGAGAAGUCGAGAAGAGGAAAAAAAAUAACGACGAACAGAGAGAAAUAUUACGCGUGUGGGCUCGGUCGCUAUAUGUUAUUAUCAUUAUUAUUAUAUAAUUAUGUGGCUGCAGUAGCCCGUCGCACAAUCGCGCGGUACUUUUUAGCUAUUUACUGUCUCAUUAUUGCUAUAACGUGUAAAAGAGAGAGAGAGAAAAGAUAGAAAGAUGAAGUAAGAAAGUAAGAAAUGGUUUUAGAUUGGGUAAAGACACGCAGGCGAGGUUGAUAUACUAAUAAUAAUAAAAAAUAAAAAAAAUAGAGGGAGCAGAAGGCGACGAUUAUGAUUAUUACGAGAAUGAACGCACGUGUCAUAUUGCUGAGAUUUUUAUUAUAUAGGAAAGGGACUGGGGGCGCGUUUAAUGGAGAUUAAAGAAAAAUGAUGAAUAGUAAGAAUGCGAGGAUAAAGACGCAAGUCGCUGUAACACAUACACACAACGCAUCGAUUCGUUCAUUCAUUAUAAACACACUACUACAGCUAAACUACAGAAUAAUAUCGAAUGAACUUUUGCUCGUGAUGAAAUAAGAAAAAAAAUUAUAUUAUAUAAAUAUAUUAUUAUUAUAACACUAAACACGCAUACUCACACACACACACACACACACGCGAUUCACGUGUAAUACGCGAACAAAACGAGGAAACACGAGCGUCGGCUGCGGCUAGAGCUUUGAUAUUAAUAUAAUAACCAAGCGCGCGUACACGAUGAAAGUUUCUAUCUCGUUUCCGUGCUUUCGCGGAAGCUCACUCUCUCGCGCUAAUUAUUAUCGCCGCGCGCUACAGUGUGCCAUACUUAUGCCCCUCGAACGAAAGAAGACGCUCCGGAAAUUUUUGCCAGCCGUAGUCGCCGCUCGUGAACCGUCAAUUUUCGCCUCAUUUCAUUGUCGCUCUAAACAAA